AUGACGAAAACAUCCACUGAGAAUGGAGCAGCGGGUCUCACAGGAUCUUCUGAUGGUCUUAAUGAGGACCAGAAAAAAGAGAAUCUUGCCUGGUGUCGACAAAAUGUGAAAUCCAUCCUGAAGAGAAAGUAUGAGAGGAUCCAUGAGAGAAUCACACAAACAGGACCUAAAACAGAUUUUGAUAAGAUGUACACAACACUCUGGAUCAUAAGUGGAGAGGCUGGAGAGGUUAACACAGAACAUGAGGUCAGACAGAUUGAAACAGCUUCCAGGAACACAGACAGACCAGAAGAAACCAUUUCAUGUAAUGACAUCUUUAAAAACUCAGCUGACGGAGAUGAACCAACAGAGGUCAGAACAGUACUGACGAAGGGAGUGGCUGGCAUUGGAAAAACAGUUUUAACACAGAAGUUCUGUCUGGACUGGGCUAACGACAAAGCCAACCAGAACAUACACUUCACAUUUCCAUUCACUUUCAAACAGCUGAAUGUGCUGAAAGAGAAAAAGUUCAGCUUGGUGGAACUUAUUCAUCACUUCUAUAAACAAACAAAAGAAGCAGUAACUUCUAUAUUUGAAGACAAUGAAAACCAGGUUGUGCUGAUCUUUGAUGGCCUGGAUGAGUGUCGAAUUCCUCUGGACUUCCACAAAACUCAGAUCCUCACUGAUAUCACAGAGUCAGCCUCAGUAGAUGUGUUGCUUAUAAACCUCAUCAGAGGGGGACUGCUUCCCUCCACUCACAUCUGGAUAACCACACGACCUGCAGCAGCCAAUCAGAUCCCUGCUGAGUGUGUUGACAUGGUGACAGAGAUUAAGGGAUUCACUGAUGACCAGAAGGAGGAAUACCUCAGGAAGAGGUUCAGCACUGAGAAGGAAGCCAAUUCAGUCAUCUCUCACAUCAAGACUUUACGAAGCCUCCACAUCAUGUGCCACAUCCCAGUCUUCUGCUGGAUCACUGCUACAGUUCUCAAGAAAGUGUUGGAAACCAGAAAUGGGAGAUGGGAUCUGCCAAGGACUCUGACUGAGAUGUUCAUCCACUUCCUGGUGGUUCAGGCCAAACUGAAGAAUGUGAAGUAUGGUGGAAGAUCUGAGAGAGAUUCUGCCUGGAAUCCAGAUACCAUGAAGAUGAUUGAAUCUCUGGGAAAACUGGCUUUUAAGCAGCUUCAGAAAGGAAACCUGAUCUUCUAUGAAUCAGACCUGACAGAGUGUGGCAUUGAUAUUGAAGCCGCCACAUGUUACUCAGGAGUGUUCACAGAGAUCUUCAAAGUAGAAAGUGGGUUGUAUGAGGACACCGUGUUCUGCUUCGUCCACCUGACUGUUCAGGAGUUUCUGGCUGCUCUCCAUGUUUAUCUUACCUUCAUCAACACUGGAGUCAAUCUGCUGUCAGAGGAACAAACAACAUCCCAGAGUUCAGAAUCUGCAGAGACCACCUUCUAUCAGACUGCUGUGGACAAGGCCUUACAGAGUCCAAAUGGACACCUGGAUUUGUUUCUCCGAUUCCUUCUGGGUCUUUCACUGCAAACCAAUCAGAGUCUGCUGCGAGGUCUGCUGAAACGGACAGGAAGUAGCACAAAAACCAACUGGGAAACAGCUGAGCACAUCAAGAAGAAGAUCAGUGAGAAUCUGUCUGCAGAGAGAAGCAUAAAUCUGUUCCACUGCCUGAAUGAACUGAAUGAUCAUUCUUUGGUGGAUCAGAUCCAACACUACCUGAGUUCAGGACAUAUUGACACAAAGACUUUGUCUCCUGCUCAGUGGUCAGCUCUGGUCUUCAUCUUACUGUCAUCAGAAAAAGAUCUGGAUGUGUUUGACCUGAGGAAAUAUUCUGCUUCAAAGGAGGCUCUUAUAAGAAUGCUGCCAGUGGUCAAAGCCUCCAAGAAAGCUCUACUGAGUGGCUGUAAUUUGUCAGAGACAAGUUGUGAAGCCCUGUCCUCAGUUCUCAGCUCUGAGUCUUCCAAUAUAAGACAAUUGGACCUGAGUAACAAUGAACUACCAGAUUCAGGAGUGAGUUUUCUGUGUGAUGGACUAAAGAAGACUACCUGUACACUGGAGGAACUCAGUUUGAGUGGCUGUUACCUGACAGACAGUGGCUGUAAAAGUCUGGCUUCAGUUAUCAGCCACAAAUUGUCUAGUCUGAGAGUCCUGGACCUAAGUAAUAAUGAUCUGACAGACUCAGGAGUGAGGAGUCUGUCUGAUGGAAUGAAGAGUACCAACUGUACACUGGAGACUCUCAGACUGUCAGGAUGUUUGAUCACAGAGGAAAGCUGUGCUUCUUUGGCCUCAGCUCUGAGCUCCAAUCCAUCUCAUCUCAGGGAACUGGACCUCAGCUAUAACCAUCCAGGAGACUCGGGGGUGAAGCUUCUUCAGGAUCCACACUUGAAACUGGACGUUCUGAAUGUGGACCAUGAUGGAGAGCAGUGGUUAAAACCUGGUCUGAGGAAGUAUCUUUGUACACUCACUCUGGACAUAAACACAGCUCAUAACAACAUCAGACUGUCCAACAACAAUAGGACAAUGACAUACCAGACGGAGAGGCAGAACUAUCCAGAUCAUCUGGACAGAUUUGAGCACGCAUGCCCUCAGGUGAUGUGUGACAGGGGUCUGACUGGGCGUUGUUACUGGGAGGUUGAGUGGGCUGGAUGGGUUUAUAUAGCAGUGGCUUACAGAGGAAUCAGCAGGAGGGGAAUAAGUAGAGAUGGUGUCUAUGGAAGGAAUGAGCAAUCCUGGACUCUGGACGGCUCCAGUGGUGGUUACUCUGUUUGGCACAAUGACAUACAAACAAACCACCCCCACUCCUCGUCCUACUCACCCUCUGGUCGAGUUGCGGUCUAUGUGGACUGUCCUGCCGGCUCGGUGUCCUUCUACAGAGUCUGCUCUGACACACUGAUCCACAUCCACACCUUCAACACCACGUUCACUGAGCCUCUAUACGCCGGGUUUAGGUUUCAAACAACAGGCGACACCGUGACUCUGUGUGAUAUGUAGGAGAAAGAGUCAAACAUGAACAAGACUUGAAAGUUGUAAUGACUCCUCAGCUCCUUUUGACGAUGAGGGCUGCCUUGCACUGAUAAUGCUGUGAAAAAAUUACACUGGUCUACAAUU